AUGUAUCAAAAAGCAUGGAUGCACUUCUUAGCAAUCAUAGGCAACGUAUGCGAGACAGAAAUAGACUACUGCAAUCCACCACCAUGCACGAAUGGAACCUGUAUGAACAACGAAGGUGAUUUUGAAUGUUCUUGCCCAUUUGGAUUUGGUGGUAAAACCUGCUCAGACAAAAUAGAAUACUGUCAAGAAAAUCCAUGCGCAAAUGAUGGAAGAUGCAUAGUCUCCGAACUUGCAUUACGUGGGUACUUCUGUGAAUGUAACGCAGGAUAUACAGGAUCGUCCUGUUCUAUUAACAUUGACGAGUGUAAGAGCAGCCCUUGCUUACAUGGCGGCGAUUGCAUCGAUGGUAUCAACAGUUUUACCUGUACAUGCACAACUGGAUUUACUGGUUUUGAAUGCGAAGGAAAAAUUGAUCUAUGUUCUGAUUGGAACUGCCAGAAUGGUGGUACAUGCAAUGAUCUAGGCGACAGCGUAAUCUGUGCAUGUGCUGAAGCCUAUGCCGGGCAGUACUGUGAAGAAGUUACAACAGCUUGCAGUGACUCCCCCUGCAGAAAUGGAGGAACAUGCUCAGCUGUUGACAACACAGCAUUCACAUACAAAUGCUUCUGUACAGAGGGAUUCAUAGGACAAAGGUGUGAAACCAAGGCGAGCUUCUGCCAGUCGGAUCCUUGUAGAAACGGAGCCACCUGUGAGGAUGAAGCAGUUAAUUACAUCUGCCAUUGUCCUGCUGGAUUUCAAGGUGAAACCUGUUCUGAAGCAAUACGAUGGUGCGAUGACACUCCAUGUGGUCUGAAUGCAAUCUGCAUUGAAGAGACUGAUUCCUUCACCUGCCUAUGCAAUGUGGGUUACACUGGACCGAGAUGUGAGGAAGUGCUAACGUUAUGCAAUGCCCAAAACCCCUGCCACAAUGGAGCUACUUGCAGCGGGGACUCGGAUACAUUUGAGUGCCAUUGCCCACCUGCAUACAAUGGUAUGUUAUGCGAGCAUUUGAUCAACCCUUGUGCUAUUUCGCCUUGCCUGUACGGUGGUUCAUGUGUAAAGGAUCAGCUAUCUUAUCAGUGUGAUUGUGUGGAAGGAUUUGAAGGAAUAAACUGUGAAGUUGAUCAAGAUGAAUGUAAAAGCAAUCCAUGUGAGCAUGGAACCUGCACAAAUACCCCAGGCUCUUUUGAAUGCGAAUGUGAAGCAGGGUACACUGGGGUUACCUGUUCAGAAGAUGUCCUAUGCAUCCCAAAUCCUUGUGAAAAUGGAGGAGUUUGUGAGAACCUGAACACUAGAUAUCGGUAA